AUGACUUCACCAGAUCAGGUGAAGGAGGAAAAGUAUGUGGACAGUCCGUCUUCAUCCGAUCAAGCUGCUGGCCUGAGCCCGACCGACUCCCUGGACCUGGAGAAUCGGCCUGCGCUCCCCUACAAGGACGAAGAGGAAGGUCCUACUAACACCUCCGCUGCUGCCAAACAUGGCCGCGACGUCAAGGCUCACGCCCACGGUCGUGCCAUCCCCAGGGCCAGCGACGAGUAUGGCGAUCUAGAGCUGGGAAGUAUCCCGCUCCUCCCGGCGGGGACUUCUAUAGAUGCGCACCUGCAUCUGGAUAUUUCGGACUCCGACUCGGAUCUGGAUGACUACCUGGAAGAGCAGCGGCCAGGGAGUAGCCGACGCCGGUGGGAUCCGCCGCUGUCGUGCACGAUGAAUGGCUUCGUGGCUUGGCUUCGCGGCCCAGUUCCGCCUCAUGUGUAUCGCGUCCGGCCGUGGUUUCCAAAAUGGCAGACGGCGCCCGCGCGGUUCGUGGACCGCUGGGCUCACACGCGGAAUAUGAAGAUCGCAUUGCUCGCCGGAGGUCUGGUCGUUUGGAUUCUGGUGUUCUUCUUGUCUCUAAAGGCAGCUGUCGCGGGCCAGGCGAUUCCAGGCUAUGGUCGCCCGGUGAAGUUGUCGUGUCACCAUCGUUUGUGGUCCAAUGCCACGGAUUGUGGUUUGAAUGGAGAUCUCUGCCGUCCAUUUGACGAGCAGUCUUUCGCCUUCAGCUGUCCGGCAGGAUGCUCGAAUGCCAUACUCUUAGAGCCCUACAAUAUUGGCAAUCGAUCAUACAACUACCGUCCCCUCGUGAUUGGGGGCAAGCCAUUCCGCUUGGAUGGCCGCAACAGUGGGCUCUAUCGUGGCGACUCUUCCAUUUGUGCCUCGGCACUACACGCUGGUCUCAUCAGCGACGCAAAGGGUGGAUGUGGGAUCCUUCACCGUCGCGGAGAACGAGACAAUUUUGAGAAUUACACCAAAAAUGGCAUCGAGAGUAUCCCGUUCCAGCCUUCGUUCCCCAUGUCGUUUGUAUUGACGCGACAAAUCACUCCCUCGCCUGGUUCGAGCGAGGGAGGAAAACUGGUGGAAUGUGUGGAUGUGCGCUGGUCACUCUUUGCUUUCACCGUCAUCAUGACGGUCAUCUUCUCCGUGACUAUCACCUCGGCGCCGGUCUUUUACAGCGUCAUCUUCUUCGUCGUCUGGUUCCAGGUCGCCAUGGCAUCUGAUCCCCCGGGCUCGGAUAGUUUCUAUGGCCUGCUGCAGGUAGGCUUGGGCCGGUUUCUUCCCGGUGCCUUUGUCGGGUUCGUGCUGUACUAUUUCUGCAUUCGAAAGACUCUCGAUGGUCUCGAAGCACAUGUGGAUAAAACUGUCCUCUGGCUCGGAGCCUGCUGGGUGGGCGCAUUGAACAGCGACACUUUUGACCGGAUACCUAUCUCGCGUCUGACUCCCCAUGACCUCCAACAGCAACCAGGGGCGAUCACGGCGCUGAUCAUCAUCAUCGGUGUUCUCAUUGUCACAUUCUUUAUCCAGGCGCAUAGUUUCCGUCGCGAAGGUCGUCUGCUGUCCAUGCUGAGAUUCUACGGCAUCUUGGUUCUCGGCAUCAUUCUGCUCCUGCUGGUCCCGCGGAUGAAUCUUCGUCUGCACCACUACAUUCUUGCGCUUCUCCUCAUCCCCGGAACCGCACUCCAGACCCGCCCUAGCCUGUUGUUCCAGGGCUUAUUACUCGGCCUGUUCAUCAACGGCAUCGCUCGCUGGGGCUUCGACUCGAUCCUCCAGACGCCCGCGUCACUCCUGGGCGAUGGGCGUCUAGGCACCAAACCUCCCCCAGUGGUCCCGCCACACCUCAACGACAGAAACCAUCUCACGUUUUCCUUUACUGAUCUUCCUUCACAUGUGGAUGGGAUCAGCGUCAUUGUGAACGAUGUCCUCCGAUACCAAGGCAUGAAGGUGAAAGAUAAUGAUUCUGUCCCGGACUUUACGUGGUCGCGCCAACGACGGAAUCAGCCCGAAUAUUUCCAGCUCGGGUAUGUCCACUCAAAUGCCUUGGGGGGUCAGUGGUACGAGGAUUUCUCAGUGCCGUCCACUUGGGCCGCCAGCGGCGACUUUUUCUACCCAGCAUAG